UAACAUAUGUAUGAUAUUUUUACAAAUAGAUUUGUGUCGUGGAAAUCGGGUAAUUGUUAGGGAUAUAAAUAAGCGUCGGAAAAGAGCAUUAGAUUCCCGAGAUGAUGAUAUAGAUGAUCAGGACGUUAUCCCGUCAUACAACCCACCCAUACGUAAUUAUACCGCUCCUUCAUGGCCAACGCCCAGCGGACUGACAGAAGAAAACGUCACGGAGAUAUGUAAUAGAAGAAUAAGGUAUUCGAAGGGCGGUGAAAGUUGUGGUGCUGUUGCUGGUGUGGAUUUGGAUGCUCUUGUUAAUCAAUGCAUCUCUGAUAUCAAGGUAUAUAAUAGAAAAAUAAAAUAAAGAAACAUAAUUAGGAAAGUCAGUCGAAGAAAAGUACGUAAACAACGUUUAGAAACGUUUGAAGGCUUGUAUUGAAAAUAACGUAGAUAAUUUAUCCAAAGAAUUCCCAGUUCGUUGUACAAGGGCGCGAAUUCCAUAUUUUUAUUUCUUCCCUCGUAAUAUAAAGAGGGAUAUAAUCGGAAUAAAUAUAGCAUUCUGUAAGUACAUAUGUCACGUAACGGAAGUAUGUAAUGUUAAAUUGCUUGCUAAAUUCAUUCUGUAAACCUUUUACCACUACAUAUAAUUUCGUGUUCUAGUAUUGCAAUUUCUACGUUUUUGGAUACGAUGUUUAGACAAAUUGGCUUUGCGAAUUGACCAUUUGCGUAAUAGACUAAAUUUUGAUCUAAAAAAGUCUAGACAAAAAUUUCAUAACAGCUUGAAAGAGCAUCACAAAAUUAGUAAUAUUCCAAAGUUUCGUUGCGAAAUGUUGUAAAAUGCGGAUAAUAUAGCCUGGCGAAGCUUGCAAUUUUCAGUCAUUUUAGAUUACAAACGGGAAAUUGACAGCCCAAUACCCUUUGGGGCUGUCAAUUUCCCGUUUGUAAACUAAAAUGACUGAAAAUUGCAAACUUCGCAAGGCUAUAUUAUCCGUAUUUUACAACAUUUCGCAACGAAACUUUGGAAUAUUACUAAUGUUGUGAUGCUCUUUCAAGUUGUGAUGAAAUUUUUGUCUAGAUAAAAAUUUAGUCUAUUACGCAAAUGGUCAAUUAAAAUUAUUAAAGGGAUAUUUUCCUGCGGACCACAAAAUUUUAAUUUUCUUUCAUUUCUACAUUUUUUAUUUAGUAUUAGAUAUUUUGUCAUCUAUUUUCUAAGCGAGUCGGGAGGAAACAUAUUUGAAUUGUUUUGCAUCAUUGUAUUGUACUAUUUAUUUGUACUUUUUGUUCGAUAAUCAUUUUCAAUUAGUGAAAGUCAAUGUAGCAAUCGAUAUUCUGGGCGACUUUAUUAAACUCCACAGGACUAUUUGAAAAAGAACCUAUAAUACUAAAUCGUUUAUCGGAUUUUAAAAAUAGUUGUCAGUUUAAAAAUCGUUAGAAAAAACUCUCUUUAUAUAUACACAGUUAACUGAUGAUCCAUCGUGGGCUGUAGCCAAUUUUGGAGCCAUGAACGAAAUUUGUAAGAAGAAUGUGUACAAGAACAUAACCUACUACAAGAACAGUACUGAUGGCAAGUUAAGUCUUGAAACAACCGUUCUUGAUUCAUUAUGUCCAAAUGAUUGUUCAGACCGCGGGAAUUGUUCAAACUCCACUUGCACUUGUUUUGAAGACUACACAAGCGCCGACUGCUCAAUAUCGUUAAAAGAUAGUCCUAUCUUAUACGGCAUACGUAAAUCCGGAUUAUGUGAUGUAAGAAGAAGGCCAUGUCGCAAUGUUGGUAUUUAUGCUUUCCCAUUGCUGGAUUCUGAAAAUCUUACCUGCCAUGUCCAAGAAUUUAAGGUAGGAUAUUCAACUUCUUUUAUGAUUAAGUCCCGCAAACACUAUAUUCGUGGUACUACAACACUAUAGCUUUGGAAUGUGGAAGUUUCUGGUUUUUACGCUGGAUGAAAUCACUAUCUUAUUUUUUUAACCCAAUGACUUUUGACAGAUUAAAAUAGUCAAAAUUGAAUUAAAUACUGUUAAAAUACUCGUUAAUAAUUUAUAAGCCUUGUAUAAAAUCAUAAAUGAUAAAAUCAUAAAUACAAGUCGUGACUCAUGUAGACAACUCGCAAAACUACAACCUCCACUCUUGCGCUUAAGAGUUAAGGACGAGGCAGUACACUGAAACGUCAAAUUUAGUGUUAGAGUAGCGAAACUGAAAGCAGGAAGGCUCAUUUUUAAUGCCAGAUUUAUACACGUUCAUCAAAUUUAGCGAAAUUUCUGCCACUCAUACGGGGCUCGUAUUGUCAGCAGUCUUAUUUUCCACAAAAUGGCCAGUUCUGUGCAAAAUGUUCAAUUUUUCAUCGCAAAAUCCGCUGAAAAUGCAAGCCUGUGGUGCUGGGGAGAUACUGAUGCUGCGUAACUGUAAUUUCUUAAAGGUUAUUGAAUCAGUGUGGACCCCCGACAAUUCCAUCUCGUUGUAUCCUGGGUUGAUGAUGGACAUCAAUGAAGUGAAAUGUUCACUCCCUGAAUCACCUGUUAACAUUGGUGACUAUGGCAACAAAGGGAUAACAGCUGCUGGACUAAAGAUUGCAGUAUCCAAUAAUCGUAUAAACGCCUCCAAAGUGUCCGCGGUGUUUAUCACGUAUGACUCUGUGUGUCAAGAAUGUAAUAAUACCAUUAAGGGAUGUCAACUUAAGGUAAACCUGGCAGAGUGUUAUGCAAAUGAUCAGGGGACCGUUUCCUUCUAAAUAUCCCUUCACAGAAUAUUUAACUAAACCUUAAGGUUAAAUUCAAAGUACUGAAUAUUGCAAUUACUUCAAUUAAUCCUAUUUUACCAAAUUUCUGUUUUGCAAAUUAAAAUAGACCGAUGCCUGUUUCAUUUCUGCUCACUGCUUUGCCCAAAAUCAAAGCCAUCCCAACGAUUGGUGUCAACAAUGCCUGCCACAGAUUUCAACAAAAUCCUGGGAAAAGCGAAGAGGUAAUAUAUAUGAUACGCUCAUAAUGGCGACACGCUUUAGACUCUUUAAUCCACACUUUAGACUGAUUAUUCAAAUAAAACCAAAUAACCAAGUGCUUAUACAAUAAUACUUUUUCAGAUAAUCAGAGUCCAAAGUUUACUACUUCAACUGUUUUGCACGCCUUCCUUGGUAAAGAACUUCGCGUUCAACUGAGCGCGGUAGACCCAGAGAAUAGAACAAUACGCUAUACCUUUGCCAAAAAUAGUACACUUGGUGCUUCGUUGACAGAAACAGGAUUUUUCAAUUACACUAAAAACACCAAUGAUUCAACAAUAGUUAUUUUUAAUGUGACAGACGAAUGUGGAGCGUACUCUGUUCUACAUGCUUUGGUUGUUAUAAAAGAAUGUCCAUGUCAAAAUUCCGGAGAAUGCCUUCCUGAUUAUCGCUAUCUUGAUGGAGCAGGAAACUUCACGUGUUCAUGUCCUGCAGGAUAUACGGGUACCUUGUGUGAGCUCGAUGUAAAUGAGUGUGCACUGUUUAAACCUUGUUUUAAUGGGAGUUGUAAUAAUGAACAACCUGGGUUCUCUUGUUCAUGUUUUGCUGGAUAUACUGGUGAUCUUUGUCAAACUGAGGUAAUCAUUUGAACUAAUUUUAUAAAACCUCUCAACUGGUACCAUGUUAAGAUGUAUUUUUGAUAAACAAUCUUAAUGUUGAAUAAAUAAAACAAUAUUUCACAAAUUUUCCUUCAUCCGGAUGCUUUCGUGUUUGCAUUUAAAAAGCAGGCAAGCUACUAAGCUAGAUUAAUUCUCAAAACAUUUCCAUUCUAUUUAAGAUCAAUGAAUGUGCGCCUUAUCCGUGUUUCCUUGGAGUCCCUUGUACAGAUUUGAUCGCUUCAUUCAGUUGUGGACCAUGUCCGGGUGGAUAUUCCGGUGAUGGAGUAAACUGUACUAGAAUGGAUGGAAGUAAGUACUGCAGGGCCGUCGGAAGCGAGGGGAGAGCCCGCACAUGAGAACUCCAUUUCUUUUCAUACUUUAUUCCUCUCUUGCACAAGAAAUUACAACAGUUUUUUGUUACAUUGAUUCUGUGUGUAUAUAUCAAUGGGAGCAAAACCGACUCAUUCACAUUUAUGAUCGAAUACAGAGCAAGCGUUGUUUCAAAUAUUAAUUUUUAAAUGCAAGAAAUCCCAACUUUGAUUCAAAUUCCUCGCAGGAACACACAGGAAUGCUCUUCUGAGGCUUCGGAAAUGCAAAACGAAACAAAUUAAUUUAAAUACUGUAUAUUUAAACUUUUUAGAAGUCGACGAAUGUGUGAAAAAACCUCAAGUAUGUCAUAGUAACGCAAAAUGUAUGUACAAUAAUGGAUCUUAUGUGUGUCAGUGUACAGAUGGCUACACAGGAGAUGGCAAGAACAAUUGCACAGGUAUACUUCAACUUUUAAUCAAAUAGUGAAAGUUACCAAUAAAUCCUUCAAACUAAAAGUUCCACAAAGAACUUAUAUAUCCUAAGCUACUGUAUUUUAAAAGAGAAACCAAAAAACUCCACAAAAAAGAAGACAACAUGUCUGGUUCUUUUGUUAUUUAAAAUGCUAUUGAAAUUAAAAACAUAUCGUUAUAGAUGUGGAUGAAUGCAUACAAACUCCUGAUAUUUGCCAUCAAAAUGCCAAUUGUACUAAUACUGAAGGAAGUUAUUCCUGCCAAUGUUUGAAAGGUUAUACUGGUGAUGGUAAACUUAACUGUUCAGGUAUUACAAAAUUAUAGGUUUUUACUAUGACAAAGUGUUGGUAGAAUGUUUGAAAUCUCUAAGUGUGUAUAUUCAUUAUUUUUUACAUGUUGUUCUGUGCAGAUACUGAUGAGUGUACUUCUUCUCCUAACAUCAGCUGCAUUCAAAAUGCACAAUGCUCAAACACUGUUGGAUCUUAUGUGUGUCAAUGUGCUGUGGGGUACUCCGGUGACGGUUACAGUAAUUGCACAGGUGAGUAUACCGACAUACAGUAUAUAUACGAUGCUGCUUGCUGCAACUCUAAAGCACAAUCAGGAACAACCAUUGCUAAUAUUUACAGGCUACUAUUGUUCGCCAACUGAUAUGUUUAGCAUUAAAAUGAGGGUUUUUUUUAUUUAAAUGACUUCGCCCAGUAGUAUUUACAAGAAUAGUAAUUAUGUAAAAUAAUUAAUGUAAGGCCUAGAGGUCUACUAGAAACCUGGACAGGCACGCAUGCCAGCAUGCUGCCAGGAAAUUUUUUUAAUCUCACAGGAAAUUUUUAAGGAAAAGGAAGAUAUCAAGAAUGAAGCUUGAGAAAUUUCAAAAAUCAGCAUUAAAGUAACAAACAUCACAAUUAGAGCAUAAAUACAACAAUCAUAACAUAAAAUGAUGUGGCAGUGCUAUGACCGUCUGUUUAUCAUGAUUCAUGAUUAUGAUACAUGUGGAAAACAAGGGCAUACUACUAUUAUUGAACAGUGCAUGAAUACAUGUUUCAUAGAAUUCCUGCAUGUUCCUAAUUCUAGUAAACCUAUAUUUUUCUUAAUAUUGAGGUAGUACAUAACUUAGUAAUGUAGUAUAUACGAUGCUGUUAUUGAAUUACAACCAAAAUUCAUAUUUAUAAAAAAAAUUGGCAGGAAAUGUUUGGUCUGGGAAGCCUGCUGCCAGGAAGAAAAAUAUUUUAUCAAGGCUUGUGCAAAAAAUUAUAAUGCUUAUUUAGUUAAACACUAGCUGAAAUAACUCUUCUGUAAUAAUUAUGGGUAUUAAUUGCAACUAGUUUCCAUUAAUUGCAACUAGUUUACAACAUACAUGCCAGCCUUGUUUACUUAUUUGUUAUAUUCAUUUUCAUAUUUUAGUACCAACCAAUUAAAUUAAUGUACAAAACCCAAACUACAGUAGCCGCUUAUCAAUUAAGCUGAUAAAUUCAUAUCAGUUUUAAAUCCAUGUUUUAAAAUCAGAGCCUACAAUUAAUUGAUCUGCAAAAUAAAUCUGAACAUGAUCCACCAUAAUUUUUGUCUACCAAAGAACUGCACCAACUUCUAAGGGUGUAUGCUAGUGUCAAUAUUAGUGUAAAACACAUGCCCACCCAGACAUUCCAACUCUCCCGACUUUACCGAGAGUCUCCCGAAAAUUCACGCAAUCUACUGGUCUCCGAAUUUUUAUGAAAUUCUCCCGAAUUUUCAGAAUAUUCAGGAAAAAUCAUAAAUAUACUGUUUUUAGCACCAUUAUAAUAGUCUGUCUUGACCUUUUUAUGAAGUUACAGUACAAUUUAUAGGAUCACUUAUAACAACAUACUCCCAAAAUGCAGGAAACACCAUUUCAGAAGACUGAAUUUUUAUUAUUUUUUCCCAGAAGAACUAGAUUUCAAUUCAUUGAACAGUCUCCCUAAAUUUUACCUCCAAUAGUUGGAAUGUCUGCUACCUCUCCUUACAACCUGCACAUCCAAGAACAGGUUAUUCCGCAUAUUCACUUGAAAACUUUUGCAUAUCAAUCAUUGCUAAUUUGCUUUCAGAUUUUAUAAAACAUUAAUGAAUGAAUUUUUCUAAAUACAGAAUAACAGAUGAUUUGCAACAUUAAAACUAAAUUUUUGCCGCCACUGGUAUAGUUUCCAACACCAAACAACAUACCAUCCUGCCUUUCUCCUCCGCAGAGGCUUUGGUGCCUUUCCUCGCCUUCGCCAAUUUUCCCGCCUGCACAGUGCUCCUUCGCCAAGCGGCUCUGCUCGUGUUCCAAGGUCCGCCAUGUAAAGUGUAGUGAAAUGUAUCUCAAUACUACUAAGCAUAAUCAUAGCCAACAGAAGCCUCUGCGGAGGAGAGAGAGCCAUCCCGCUCAGUCUGGGACAACGCUGGGGUCAAACAGUGGUUCUAUGUACUGUAGGUACAGGUCUGUGGAAAUGGCAGGGGGAAAUGUCUGCCAAAAUAAUCGGGAUAAAUAUGGGAAAAGCAUUUACUAAAGGAAAUUCCCAAAGGUGUAAGCACAUAAUUUCACCACUGUGGUUUAUAACACUUAAACAUGGUUUAUGUUUAUAUGAAUAACAGAGACGGAUCUAGCCUCAUCUGCAAAGAGAGUUGAAGGUUUUCAUGGGAUGGUGCAUGAGGGAGCUUUACUACCUAAACUCCUCUGCAGUGUCAGUCUGCAAUGCUAGUAUGUUACUAUGCCAGCAUCAUUCUGUUACAUUUUCCAUUGCACUUGACAGGUUUUAAUCUGAUCAGCCAAUCACGUUCAACUUAUUCCAAGUUGAUUGGCUGAGCAAAUUGAAACCAUGCAUCAAAUGUCAUCACAAACAUUGAACUCUCUCGGUAAAAACAAUGAACUUUGUCAUGACAAUAGACAAUGUUUUAUCUGAAACUGUUCAUCCUUAGUUGCAAGUGACGGAAUCUUUUGUUUAUGAAGUUUAAAUUGUAUCAGCUUCUGAUCAUGUAUGUGUGACUAAAUUUGCUUGUUAAAGUACAGUACAUUUGAAAAUAAAAUAAAACAAUCUCAACAUGUUUACAUUUUAACCAUGACACAUAACUAAAUCAUUCUGAGUUAAAUUGUUUCAAGAAAUUGACACGCCCAAACAGUAGUAAGUUCCACAAAUCGCUAUUCGAUGGGCAGAUAAAGUAUAGUCAAGCAGAUUUUUAGGGUGGUGCUAGACAACCACUAGGUAGGGUGUGCUUGAACCCCCUGCACCUCAUUGGGCCAUUCCAUUUAAUAUGUGCACUCCCCCCCCCUAUUUAAUAUGUGCAGCUCCAAUUUUUUUAUAAAAGGAGAUUAUGAAGGGACCCCGCAUUAGGGGGGGGGGGGGUGCCUAUAUUAAAUGGAAUGGCCCAUUGCAGAUCCAACCCUGAUGAAUAAUCCGGACUCGAUCUGCAUGCAUAUUUUGCAUUAAACAGAAUAUUUUGACUAUAAAACAAACAUAUACAGGAACUUUCACGAAAUAAUGAGCAAAUUACAGAGUAAAUUGUUAGUAAAGCACUGCCUAAAUUGGCGACUAAAGCGAGUACUUAAACACCAACAAGGCAAACAAUGUGAAUUCAAUAGUCUUAUAAUUCAAAAUAAUUUUGCAACAAAGCAGGCUACAAAUUGGCAUCGACUCAUCCUGUUUUAAUGCAUAUAAGCACACAAAAGGUUUACCUAACUGCUUGCAUCAUCAAUAAAAUUUUUAAACUUACUUUUGCAGUCUGUAAAUCUUCUGAAUCUUUUGGAAUCAUACAUUUUCAUCCAAGUAAAAUAUAUUUUCCAUGCUGCACGUGUUUUUGUGUCACUUACCGUACUCACUUUGGGAAGUAACGCGGGUCAGCAGUGUAACCAGAUUUUUCCAGCGGUUGUUAUUGCGGUUUUUACUAAAGUUUGUGGCCAAAAUUUACUAAAUCAAGAAAACAUUCGCCAAAUUUCGCCCCAACCCGGUUUGAUAAAAAUCCAUGACCAUGAGUCAUGACAUCUGCGAAAGCCGAGGAUCAUAGCUCAUAGGUCGAGGGUCAAAAGACGAGGUUGAGGAUCGAAAAUCGAGGUCGAGGGUCGAAUGUCGAGGUCGAAAGUCAAGGGUCGAAAGUCCAAAAUAUUAUUUUUUUAUAACUUAUUAAUACAUUUCUAAGAUAUUACUUUUUUUGCAUUUGUUGUAAUUAGGCAACAUAAAAAAAAAAAUAGUUAGUUAGCGUCCUCGCCCGCCCACAAAAAAGGCCCCGCUCUGGAUUUUUUUUUUAUUUUUUAUUUAAAAAAAACUUUUCAUGAUCAACGGGCUCUAAUAUAUGUAGUAUUUCUGUUGACUGUAGUCAAUUGUGUUAAAAAUUGCGAGAUUGCGUGCGAAAAUGACGGUAUGAAUCAUAUUUUGAAAUAUAUAAAAAUUAAAUAUCUGUAGUCAAGAAAAUCCAGUUUCGGAUCUAAAACCAAGAAAAACCAAGACGUUAAAAAUUAGUAAAAAUAAAAAAAGCGCGCGCCCGCCCACUUUUUGGUAAAAGCUAAGGCCAACUAUUUUUUUAUGUGGCCUUAGGUUAUUUUUUGUUUUUCGAGAAAGUGUAGAAUAACUAAAAUAUCGAUUCACGCAGUUACCGUUGGGGAAUGGGAAGUUCAGAUAUUUUUGACACUACACGAGCAUAUACAAAGCUUGAGAACGAUCUUUACUUCAUAUAUAUAAUUUAACUUCAUCUUCUGUAUGUUUAAGACAUUAAUGAAUGCCAACAAUCUUAUUCUGUCUGUCAUUCCCUGGCAAAAUGUUCAAACACUGACGGAUCAUUUUCUUGUCAAUGUGAUAGCGGAUUCACUGGAGAUGGUAUCGUCAAUUGUACAGGUAUACAUGAAAACGUCACCUAUUUACCUAUUUAUAUUUGAGCGUGAACCAAUGAAUGUUUUUAACAGAAAUUGCAAAAUUUAAUAAACAUGAUGCCAACAUCCGUUAAGGCGGUUAAGCUGUUUGGUCAACCAGGGUCGCCGCCACUGUCGCCGCUGACGAAAUGAAACUGAAUUGCUCUAUGCACCAUGCAAUGCCUGGGCCCCCAUGAACUGUACGUUAUUAUAUUCAGGGGGGUGAAUAGGUUUUCAGAUCGUCGGAUUCCGCCGAGAAAACCAUUCGGAUUUCGGAUCUGGCGAAUAUUUUACACGGAUUUGCGGAUCUUAUUAAUACAGCGGAUUGCGGAUUUAUCUAAUAUUUUGGCUCGGAUUGUGGAUUUUGCUUGCAAUUUAGUUCAGAUCCUGUCACAGUAGAGCUUUUAGCGGAUCCAAAUUUAGCCAAGACCAUUGUCGGAUCGGCGGAUUUUGCUUCAAAAUCAGACGGAUCGGCGGAUUUGUAUACCCCUAUUCAUCCCUCCCAUUCAGUAUUCGUAUAAAUUUUCCUCUGCAUGACGACAUGAACUACAGAAUGCCCAUUGACUGAUAUUAUAUGUGCAAAAGUGAAAAAGAAUGUUGCAUACAAAUUAAAAGCCGACUAAACACUGGAAUACAUGCACAUCUGUGCCUUUUUGUCUCAACUGCCGUCAAUUAAUACUUUCUACACAAUUUUAGAUGUUGAUGAAUGUUCCGAAUCACCAUCAGUAUGUCAUCAACAUGCAAAAUGUACAAAUACAAUCGGAUAUUUUUCUUGUCAAUGUAACCAGGGAUUCCUCGGAGAUGGAAUACAGAAUUGUACAGGUACUAAAUACUGUUCUGGAGAACUUCUUUGAAGAGUUUACAGAGAGCCUCAUUGACACACAUGCAGUAAAGAAAUAUUUGUAUCAUACCCUUCGAUAAAAUUUUGAAAAAUUUACCUUUGUUCCAAAAAUUAAUUAAAAUUAUAUAAUGAAGAAAUAUAUAAGAAGAAAAACAAUCUUGAAACUCUUGUGUAUUCUGCCGAAGGAACAUAACAAUUAUUGUUGUGUUCUUUCAUUAUCCUACCUUCAACUUUGUAUUAAAAGUUUUAUUUAAUAAUUGACACAUUAUACAGGAUUAUUAUUUAAAUCAUUUGGUAUGGAUACAUGCACACGCUCCCGUCAACAUCAUGAUGUUUACAAACAAUAGUAAUGUCACUAAUGUGAAAGAAAGCCAACACUGCGUAAUUUCAAUUUUCUAGAAAAUCGACCCCCUCAGUUUGCCAUUCCAAGUGCAGUUUACGCUAUCUUGAACAAUGACUUCAAAAUUCAGAUUAUGGCAGUAGAUCCUGAAAAUCAAGACAUGACAUUUACCUUGCUAUCAAAUGGAACUUUGACCACAGCACAAAUCUCGAAACAAUUGCUUACAAUACCGAAUGUUAAAGAAAAUGGAACUGUUUAUGUACAAGUUGAAGAUGAGAUGGGAGCAAAGAACAUUUUAAUUCUUGAAGUGAAUGCCUUUGAAUGUCCAUGUGUGCACAAUGGUAAAUGUUAUCAAAACAAGUCCAUUACAUAUCCAGUUCAACCAUCAGAUUAUCUCUGUGAAUGUGAAGAUCCCUACACAGGUCAACGAUGUGAAAUACGUCCAAAUCCCUGUGAAGAACUACCAUGUUAUCCAGGUCUCAACUGUUCCACUGCUCAGAAUUCUGAAGGAUUUACUUGUGAAGAAUGUCCAACAUUGUUUCAAGGAGAUGGGAAACAGUGUGAACUAAAAGCAAAUGAAGGUUGGGAAGAAAUCAAAUUAAAUUAUCUGUUCUUCGCUAUUUCUAAUCCACACUAUCUAUACGUUUUUUAUCAUUCCGCUUCGACAUUAGCUAGUCAUAUAAACCAUGCCACCUCUCAUAUAAAAGCUGAAUACUUUAAGUACUAGUUAAAACAUAAGCAAUCGAUCUUUAUCUGAUAUACAAACUCGAGCCGAAGGCGAGAUUUCAGUUGUAUAUAAGAUAAAGAUCGGAUGCGAUUAUUUUAACGUGCUUAAAAAACGACCCAUCUUAUGAGUUCAUUGGCGAGGUAAUUUUAAAAAUAAAUAUGGUCUAAGCCGAGAAAAUCAAAGCUGAAGUUCAUGUAAAUCAGGACAAAUCUUUAUCCGCGAUUUGCAAACAUUGAUUAACUAUAAACAUUCAUUUUUUUUAUUUUCCUCAUGAAUUAUUAAUGAGUUUUUAAAUAAUAAUAAAAUUUUUGCUAAUAUAGAGAAAAGUUCAGUGGUAUCUGAAAUGACAUUAACAGAUCAAAAAUGGGACGAUCAACUUGAAACAAAAACAUCAAAAGUGUACAAAAAUCUCGCAUCGCAAUUGACGGUUGAGGUAGGUAUGGUGCAAAAACAAGGUGAAGACUUAAAAUGUAAAAUGUUUGGUUUUUGCCUAAAAUGUUUUAUCUUCUUAAGAAUAUUUAUCAUAUUCGUAGAUAAGAAAAGUUUACAAGGACCACGCUGAGUUUAGUUAUGUUAUUGUCAAGGGAUUCAGGUAAUUCAAAGUAAAUGGCGUUGAUCGAAAUGUCGACUAAAAUCUAGGCGUAUAAAUCGUCAUGUUUUGAAGUGAAGACGGAAGGCUAUAUCUUUUAAAAAUUAUUCACACCCUGCUGGCUGAUAAUGUCAUCUCUGAGUCUCGAAUAUCUAAACCAGAAGACACGAUCGACUUUAGGUCACGUUUAAUAAGUAUAGGUAAUCACGCGAUGGCGAGUACAAUUAGGGAUUAAUAAUAAUAGUACAAGUGAUGUUUGGAAAUUUUGCCAACAUCGCAUGUUUACUUGUUUAUUAUUAGCAUGACAAAUUUGAAUACUUCUCAAUGUUAACAUCAGAUAUUCUCUCGCCAAAGCCCAGUCCUGCCAGAUUUUCAACCAAAUUUUGGUGCUUUUGUCCGUAUUUUCAUUUAGUUCUUGUGUUAAAGCAAAAUUUGGUGCUUUUGUUCGUGUUUUCAUCUAGUUCCUCUAGGGCAAUUUCAUUUCACGCUUGUGUUUAAAAUACGUUUCCGCCAUUUUGUUUGUUUUGGGAAAAUCAUUAAUUGUACUGCAGUACAAUUAAUGAAAUAAUUGUACUCCUCUCAACCAAUCAGCAUCCAGUAAUUUUGUCAUGCUAAUAAUAAAGACAGUAAAUGAGGUGCCCUAAUUAACAGUGUGUCAUAAAUGGUAAUGAUUAUAUAUUCAUUUAGUUAAACCACGUUAGCGAACAAACAUAUGUCUAAUUCUAUUUUUUUCUUUCUUUUGUGUUGUGUACUUUCGCAGGCGCGGCAGUAUAAUUGUCGAAAUUGAGUUGAUAUUUACGAAGGAAGUCGAAGAUCCCCUUAAACCAUUGAUGGAAAUUAAAGAGAUUGGCAAGCUUGGUAAAAUGAGAGUUAAAAUAAAGACAAUGCAAGGUAACAUAAAAAAGUUAAUAAUCGGUUGAAAUAUACUAGCUAAGCUAAAACGAAAUUUGAGUGUUUUAUAUUAAUUUUGCUCACAGAAUCAUUUAUUUUCGACAGUAGAUGAUAUGGAUACAGGGUGUCUAAAAAAAACGCUACGGAAAUUCAACAGGCUGUCGUGCAUCAUAAACGUGGCUAAACAAUUCAAUUUUUACAUAGGACGAAAGAUGAUACCUAUGAUACCUUUUUUUAAAUCG